UGUGAAUUGAAACACUUGAAAAUAGUGACAGUUGACAAAUCGAAUACAUGCAUACGGUCUCUAAGAGAGCGUACAGAAGCUACGACCCGCAGAGAGUUGCCUCCCUUCCACUAGGUAGCGCAAAAUCGCGGGAAUUAAGAAAAUGGCGGGUGUAGAAGCAAUGGAAGUGGAGGCAGUGACAACUCCAGUGAAACCUGCCAAAGAAAAUGUUAAAUCAACUGGUUAUGAGAUGCCCUGGGUAGAAAAGUACCGACCCACCAAACUAUGUGAAAUUGUCGGCAACGAAGAAACAAUCAGCAGACUUUCUGUAUUUGCGAAAGAAGGAAAUGUGCCAAACGUCAUUAUUGCUGGUCCCCCGGGAACAGGGAAGACAACAAGUAUCCUGUGUCUGGCCAGGGCUCUGCUAGGGGCGUCAUUCAGAGAUGCUGUACUGGAACUCAAUGCUUCAAAUGACAGAGGUAUUGACGUAGUCAGAAAUAAAAUCAAGAUGUUCGCACAGCAGAAAGUCACACUACCCAAGGGAAGACACAAAGUCAUCAUCCUGGAUGAAGCGGACAGUAUGACAGAGGGAGCCCAGCAGGCCUUGAGAAGGACCAUGGAGAUCUACUCAAAAACAACCAGAUUUGCGCUGGCCUGUAACUCAUCCGAAAAAAUAAUAGAACCCAUCCAGUCACGGUGUGCGGUGUUGCGCUACUCCAAGUUGUCUGACGGCCAGCUGUUGGCGCGUCUGCUGGAGGUGUGUGACAAGGAGGGAGUGAGCUUCAAUGACGAGGGACUGGAGGCCAUCAUCUUCACCGCCCAGGGAGACAUGAGACAGGCAAUCAACAAUUUACAAUCAACGUUCCAGGGAUUUGGCCACGUAAAUACAGAAAAUGUAUUUAAGGUUUGUGACGAGCCCCACCCGGUGACUAUCAAGCACAUGCUGGAGCACUGUGUGACAGGCAACCUGGACGAGGCGUACAAGAUGAUGGCACACCUGUGGGGGCUGGGGUACUCCCCCCAUGACAUCAUCACCAUCAUCUUCAGAGUCUGCAAGAACCAGAACAUGCCCGAGUUUCUUAAACUCGAGUUCAUCAAAGAGAUCGGCUACACCCACAUGAGGAUAGUGGAGGGAGUGGACUCGCUGCUGCAGAUGGCAGGGAUGCUCGCCAGGCUGUGUAAACUAUCAGCAACUCCAGGGACAGCAGUGGGACAGUGAUCCCCAUCAGCAACAACGCUCAGACAGCAUUCAUAGUGCUGGGUUAUGGGACCACAUGGAUAACUGAAGGGCACUGGGCAAAUACACCUUUGAUUGACCAAAUUUCAGACUGUUGUAUCCAUAUAUAUAAGAACUGAAGUAGCCCACAAGAGGAUAUCAGUUGGGGUACAAAUGAAUGCUUUCAAUUGAUAAUACAUCUUUACAUUUCAAGCUUCAUACUGUCAUCUUACACGACAGCUGUUACCGUGGUUACAAGUAACAUGAGUAUCUUUUGUACCGCAUUGUGAAGUUAUGAUUGUAGGGCUUGAAAGAGAAUAUCGGAACAUUUGCAAAUAUCUCUGAUGUUACUGUAAUAUGUGAAAGUUUGUACUGAUGAACAUGUCUGUCAGAAUGGAAAGUUCAUGAUUCAACCCACAUUAUUGAUGCAUUUAAUAAUGUUACAUUGUUGUAAAUAAUGCACAUACUUAUUAAACAUCUACCAUUUCAA